AUGAACUUUCUUAUCCAAACCCUUACCAGCAGGAACUCCGGCCUCGAUAACAAUGUUAAAAAAGCAACUAAAGACGGAAUCUGCUCACUGAAACAUGCCAAUGCACCAUCUAGUCCUUUCAGCCAAGGUAACACCAUCCCGGACCUGGCUUUAAUAAAACACCAACAACUAGAAGCUCAGGCCAAACAGUUAGACAGCGUCGAUUCAAAUCAUGUCCCUUGGUUGUUAAUGGGAAAGAUUGAAUGUAAUAUAGAAGAACACCUAUUUCGUAACAUAAAGAAAAUUUAUGAGGACGAGAAACUAAGAGCAUACCAACUGACAAUGUGGGAAGGUCCCCCGCAACCUUAA